GACUGGCUUUUUCUGAGUUUGUCAGCUUCCCCCUCCUCCUUCUCAACACCCCCGAAAAUAGCAGCCCAGCGUGUUCAGUGUGUUCAGUGAACGUUUUGUCCAGCGGAUCCGCCGAUAGUGUCCUCAACAAACCCGACCCGGGACGAAAAAGGUUGUGCCGGGUGACUGCUGAAGAGCAUAUGGUGCGUGGAGACCAGCGAAAGUGUGCAUACCAGAAGAAAGGACUUGCAAAAUGUGCUAGGAGAGCGUUGGACGUGAAGUGUGUGUGUGUGUGAGUGUGCGCGUAUGUGUGUGUGUAUGUGCGUCUUCGAUCGUCCAAUAUUGUCGGUGAAGUGUCAGAGAGACGGGAAAAAGGACAAAGAGCCAUGGGGCGGAAGAAGAUACAGAUCACCAGGAUCAUGGAUGAAAGGAACAGACAGGUCACCUUCACAAAGAGAAAGUUUGGCCUGAUGAAGAAGGCGUACGAGUUGAGCGUGCUGUGCGACUGCGAGAUCGCCCUCAUCAUUUUCAACAGCUCCAACAAACUGUUCCAGUACGCCAGCACGGACAUGGACAAAGUGCUGCUCAAGUACACCGAGUACAACGAGCCCCACGAGAGCAGAACCAACUCGGACAUUGUGGAGAAAUUAAGAAACAAAGGCCAUAAUGACUGUGCUAGCCCCGAUCCCGACGACUGUUUCGGGCACAGCCCCCUCCCCGACGACCAUUUCGGCAAACUAAGCGAAGAGAGCGAUUUAAUGUACAAGCGCUGCGGUGCGCUAAACAAGAAAGAACACCGAGGUUGCGAUAGCCCGGACCCCGACGCAUCGUAUGUCCUCACUCCUCACACUGAAGAAAAGUAUAAAAAAAUUAAUGAGGAGUUUGAUAAUAUGAUGAGAAAUCAUAAAAUCCCUACAGCGUUGCCCCAUCAGAACUUCUCCAUGCACGUGGCCGUGCCCGUAUCCCACCCCAACGCCAUGUACCAGUCGGGAGGCGUGACUCUGGGCGGCCAGAGCUUAGCGGCGGCCGCGGCCUCUCUCGGCGACAACGGGAUGCUGUCCCCUCCGCAGGCCUCCUUGCAUAGGAAUGCGGGUUCCAGCGGAGGCCCCCAGAGGCCCACCAAUGCAGGGAACGGCUUCGCCAACCCCAGGGGCUCUCCGGGCCUCCUCUGCGCGCCAAGCGGCAACGGCUUGGGGAAAGUCAUGCCCAACAAGUCACCGCCACCCCCUGGAGGGAGCAUGGCAAUGGGAGCCCGCAAGCCGGACCUGAGGGUCGUCAUCCCUCCGUCGAGCAAAGCGAUGAUGCCCCCGCUGAACACCCAAAGGAUAAGCAGCUCCCAGGCACUGGCCACUCCAGUAGUAUCGGUCACCACACCCAGCUUACCUCCACAAAGCCUGGUCUACUCGGGCGUGCCCACCUCCUACAACCCUGCCGAGUAUUCCCUGAGCAGUGCGGAGCUCUCCUCCCUCCAGGGCUUUAGCUCUCCGGGGCUCUCGCUGGGCUCCAUGUCAGCAUGGCAACAACAUCAACUGGGCCAAGCCGCGCUUAAUUCUUUGGUAAGCGGCGGAGGGCACCUACCUCAGGGCUCCAACCUCUCCGUUAGCACGAGCCAGAGCAUCAACAUUAAGUCGGAGCCCAUCUCGCCACCACGAGAGCGCGUCACCUCCUCCGGUUUCCCGCAUCAGCAGCCGCCGUUGCCGCACCCGCAGCAGCAGCAGGGGCCCGGCCGGCAACAGGAGGGUCUGGGACGCUCGCCCGCCGACAGCCUCAGCUCCUCCUGCAGCUCCUACGACGGCAGCGACCGCGAGGACCACCGGGCGGACUUCCACUCGACCCUCGGUCAGGGCAGAGCGCCGGCGGCCGGCGACAGGGAAAGUCCCUCGGUCAAGCGCCUGCGCAUGGACGCGUGGGUGACAUAGAACGGCCGGCGGCGGGUGCCGAGCAGGCAAGAGCGAAGGGUCCUUCCAGUUAAUGAUAUCUUCACUCAACAACCCCGGGUUCAGUUUGUAAACGAAGCAGGUACUGAUUGUCAGGCGGGAACAGAGAAGCGUUCCCAGACAAACACCUUAUAAUAGUUUGUAGUCAUCUGACAAUUAUAUUUUGUCGUCGCUGUUUCGCUGUUGUGCUCGCAAACAAUCAGAGAGCAGGCUGAGGGCCACCAUUUUUUUUUUUUUAAAGAAUCAUGCUGUAAACAUACACACAUGCGUUUAUGUAGUCAUGUCAAGUGGCCUCUAAUUUAUUGAGAAUGUGGUGUAGAGGGAGAAUAUCAAAUGAAGGAAUUGGCUGCAAAAAUGGCCUCGUGUUCAUGUUGCUGUUAAAGGGGACAUAUUAUGGACUGUUUAAAUGCUUGAGCGAUAAUCCCCACGCUAUACGCAGAGGGGAGGGACUGAGCCCUGGGAAAAAAAAAAACAGGCUUUGUAUACAAAUAGAAGUCCACAUGCACGUGCAGUCAAGACUCUCCGUAACCUCAUUAGCAACCCAGGCUAAACUAAGCUUCCUCCCAGCAUAAAAUGCAAACUGGAUAACGUCAACAUUCUUCUUUGGCACCAAUUUUUAUGUCGAUACUUCCUUAAUCUUUGUGGAAGUCGUUAUCAGGUCAAGGUGAGAUGAAAACGUCUUGUAACCACUCUCGAAAACCGUCCUUGUGUUGGUACGCCGCACAUAGUAGAGGAGAGGCGGGAUGAGAAGUGGCUCAUUUGCACAUGACAGGAUUGUCCACUCAAAUGAAGCUUCAAAAAAAAAAAAAAGAAGUUUUUCUUGAUCCUUGGGGUGAAAAAAAUGCAUACUAUGUCUCCUUUAAAGUUAAGAGUAAGAAAUCGGGAGGUUAAACUUGCCCGACCACUCAAAUUUAUUGCAUCAAGUCAUCUCCAGUUGAAAGCCAGACAAUUGUUUUCACUUGUAAAUAUCCAGGAGAUCGCUUGCUGCUCCGUAUUUGAAUUCUGCUCCUUUAGUGUCCAUUGCGAUUUUACGUUAUCAUAACUACACAUGUCCACUGCACAUUGACUUAUUGUCUAAGGCAAUGGUUCCAACGUUAUAUUGGAAAAAUAGGAAUACAAAGCUAUUCUGAUUUGCGAAUGGCAAGGGGCUAGGCAGGUUAAUUGUAUUCUGCCCUCUAGUGGAAACGCAUUUAAUUGCUCUGCCUGUCACGACAUGUCAGUGACAUACAUCCCGUGCCACAGCCUCGACUCGUUUCCCUCCACCAUAAGCAAACACGUGACUCGGCAUGAACAUCCUGGGCAAACGAGCCACUCUCAGAAGGCGUCGCUCUGCAUUGGCCGUGCGCUUCUCGCUUCAUGCCGUUAGUCCCAAGUACACCGCGGUGAUCUAUGCAGUUUUUAAGCAUACACAUUACAUAUGAUCCACAUACUAUGAUGUCCUAACAUAAGCAGGAUCUUCAUUUUAUUUUUUCCUCUUAUCUCAGGGGGUCCGCAAAAUAAACAAAAUGUUUUACAAACCCUCAAAAAUCAUCAGAAAAUGCCUAUUAAGAUUGUUUUUAUGAUCCUUAUUGGGGACAGUUGGAAAUGUUGACAAAAAUUCCUGAUAAAAUGGGGAAAUACCCAAACACUAAUUAUCUGGGGUGUCCAAGCAUAAUUCAUGGGAGGCCAGUGCCCCCACAGUCCCCCCCUCUAGCUCUGCCAGUGCAUACAUUCACCUCAUGUUAUGGUGGAACCUCCAAAGGAUGACAGUUCAAAUUUCCAAAUUGAAAAUGACCCAAUUUGUUUGCCUAUUGCCAUCUUAAUCACAUUGCUAACUAUACAGGCUAUGUUUAAAACAACAUUUUAACAUCAGUUAUACAAGCUCUAAACACAGUUUGUAGUUGCAAUGGCCAGACAUUCUACUAUAUUUAUAUAUAAUAUCUAAAUAUUCACUUAAGUUAUUUCCAUCAUCAUUUUUUUCCAUGUCAUCACUGCUACCAUUCUGUGAUGGCGUCACAAAAACAGCCAAAGAAAAACAUUCUGGACAUGUUGCGGCCUCCCAAAAGGUGAUUCUAAUGCCAUUUAUCAUUAAAUGGCCCAAAAACAUUUAAUGCAUGCAUUCCGUCAAUCAUUUUCUGUAGUAGCUUUUAACAUAGCACAACUGAAACUAGCAAUAACAAUGCGACUCCCAACAUAGCAGCACAUUUUAUUUAGCACUUGAUGCCGUUUUACUCUAUCAGGGAAUUUUCUAGUCUAAAUAUGCACAUGUAGAAAAUGCCUUAUCCCAAAGAAAUACGACAACACUCAGUAAAAGUCACACCUCGGUUCUCAAGAAGAAAAAAAGCGCACGGCCAAUAAACAGUCAGUGACACACUCUUGCUCAAGAUGACAAAUGUGGAAGGAAUGACAAUUUGCUUUGCUUGCUAGCUUUAAUAUAUAUUUAAAAAAAACACAAGUGCGUGUGUUUGCUCAGUGUUUGUAAUCCCAAUUAGUUGACUUCAGAAAAAAAAAAAAAAGCUGUUUUCUCGGUUUGACUGCUCGGACCGUUUUGGCGGCACAAGCUGGACUUUGUUGCCAACAAUGAAGUUUUUGCCCCCCCUCUCCCUCCCCA